AUGAAUUUACAUACUUACUUGGAUCCUGGACUUGUGGACAGUCAUGCACAUUUGAUAAAGUUUGUACCAUUGUCAUGGAAUGUUAUGUCCAAGCCACCGUUUUAUUUUCUGGAUCUUAAGAUGUGUCAGAUUGCAUCAUUGGCGUAUAAUUUCAAAUUCGGUGAAGAAAGCGUUUUGAGUCCCAGAUCGGCUAAUAUAAUAGAACAACCAUCAAAAUGUUUGAAAUUGGAUUUGUCUCUCAAUGACUUAUCAGUAUUGGACAAUGAAAGUUUAUUUCCGUUUAAAGAAUGCCGACAUUUAGAUGUGUCAUUGAACAGACUCGAACGGUUUACAGGGAUUGAAGUCAUGACACAUCUUGUAUUUAUCAAUUUGUCACAUAAUUUUAUCCGAAAACUAGAAGGUCUAGAUAAUUGUAAAGAUCUAGAAGAGCUGAAUCUUGGAAUGAAUGAACUGAGAACACUUAAUGGUUUACCAGCAUUAAGAAGCAUCACAGUGCUUCAUUUAAACAAUAACGUGUUGGAAUCCCUCAAUGGUUUACAGGCACUACCAAAACUACAAGAACUUUAUGUGCAGAAAAACAGACUACGUGAUUUGAAGUCAGUUGCAAGUUCGUUCAAUCUGAUGAUCUUGGAUGCCUCUGACAACAAAAUAUCAGACAGUCAUCAUACAAUUGCUAUACUCAGGGGACUGCGAAGACUGACUGAAUUACAUCUCUAUGGGAAUCCAAUGCAGAAAGAAAAUCAUUACAAAGAAAAUCUGUUCCAUUCAACAACAGUGCAGAUAUUGGACGGUUUGACUUUAAGAAGUCCUUAUCAACCGCCACCGGAAGUAGCAGUGGAGCAUUUUGGUAAGGUGAACGGAUUAAAAGCAGCAGCGAGAAGAGCAUAUCAAGAGCAACUUCAUUUCCAUAAACGAGAAGCAGAUGAAACGAUUAAAUUCCUUCAAAAAAGAAUUAUGUCAAUUAAAGAGCAGCACGGUGACUAUGAGCAGAGAAUGAAACGAGAUCUAAAUGCUUGUCUUAGAUACUUGGACCAUGUCUCGUCUGAUGAUGUCUAUAGAAUUGAUGACAGUUAUUUACAAGACACUGCAUUUAAGCCUUAUAUACCUAAACCAUGGACACGGGAACCUCGUCAUUUACCAAGAGGGGAUGACUAUCUUAACAAUGCAUUUCCACGGCGACACAGAAGAGAAGCACCAUUGGACACGCCGACAGACAGAGAAAGGCGAUAUGAUUUGUUCCCAGAUGAUUAUGAAACUUCGCAACUUAUAGUCCCUCGAGGAAAUUACCACAGGGGAUUAAAACGAGCCGAUGAUGUUUUGGUAGCAGCAGCUGAAAGAUUAAAAAGAGAUAAAAAUGUGUCUGGUGCUCACAUGGCAGCGCUUGACGAAAUAUAAUUGUCAGACGUUUUAAUAGUGAAUCAGUAUCUCAGGAUAAAUCCAUACAUACAGGAUAAUGUUUAAAGGGCGGUGGUUGUCGCGCAGCGCGUGUUUGAAUUUCAUGUAAAUAAACAAUGUGUUUUACACGCGUUGUAUACGUCGCUAUGAGGCCCAUAUCGAACAGGACGCGGCGCAACGACUGUCGCGCAGUGCGUGUUCAAAUUUCGUGUAAAUAAACAAUGUCUUUUACACGCGUUGUGUACGUUGCUAUGAGCCCCAUAUCAAACAGGACACGGCACGACGACUGCCGCCCUUUAAAUUAAACCAUGUCUGUAAUGCACUAACUCACUUUAACAGAUCUGUAUUUAACAAUAUCUAUCAUGGUGUACAUUGAUUCAUGUCACAUGAUCACUAUGAUGUCAUCACGUCACAUCCUAUGUCACUAUACACAGGUCUACGCUAGUUUCAAACAUGUCUUACAUUUACAUACAAAUCAUAAUUUAAUGCAAUACAAUUCGAAUAAAUAUAAUCAAAACUUAAUAUAUUUUAUUAUCAUGACACAAUGUAAUGCUUCUUUGCAUAUACUAUGCAAAUUAAUACCAUAUUUAAAAAAAAUUAAAUCAUGACUAUUUCGUGUAUAUACUGUAUCAUAGCAAUUUAUUUUUGUAUUUUAGAACAAUUAGAUCAAGAAUUUUAUUAA